UCUUCACUCUUCAGCUGCUUCUUCUUCUGCUUCUGCUUUACUGAUUCUUCUUCAUCCUCAUCUUCUCCUUCUUUUUUGUUUCAAUUCUGUUCCGUUUCUUCUACUUUUCGAGCUCAUUUCUCUACCAUUUUAGUUAAACAUCAAACACCUUCUCAAAAUCAGUACCAAAUUCACAUUUUCUUCACUAUUUGGAGCUUCCUUUCACACUCUGUGAACUUCCACUGCCUCUAGUCUUCUUCAAUUUUUCCACCAAAAGAGAGAUAGAGAGCUCUCGUUUGAUUGCGAAUCUGUUAGGGGGAAAGGGAAUCAUUCAAUUUUAUAGAGAUAUAGAGAUAGAUCCAUACACUAGUAGCAAAAGAGAUUCCCUUUGUAGUUGCAGAAGAGCAGAUAUAUUGUGAAGAAGUAUGAGAGGGCCAUUGGGGCCAGUGAUAGGGAAGUAUCCAUCAUCUAGUGAUUCUAAUGGUGAAAUGGGGAGUGGAAACAAUGAUAUCAUAAAACACAACAGGAAAUGCAGAGAUUUGGUGUUUCUUGUCAUCUUCAUUGCCUUUUGGAUUGCAAUGAUUGUUAACUCCAGCUUCGCUUUCAACCAGGGAAACCCAUUGAGGCUAAACUACGGGCUGGACUAUAAAGGGAAUGUUUGUGGUGAUAGACAUGGUGAUCGGGAUCUGCGUGAAUUGGAACUCAGAUAUUGGUCAAAUCCCAAUCAGGUUUAUGAAACUGGUGUGAAGAACAGUAAAUUCCAGCUCUCCAAUGCUCGGAGUAUUUGCUUGAUGGACUGUCCUAUCCCAUCUGAAGACUCCCUCAAUUGGGUCUGUGAUUAUCCUGAGGGAGAUAUCCGUAUUUCACUGGAUGAUUGGAUUGAUAGAAACUAUGAUUAUUUUGCGGACUUGACCCCUGAGCUCAGGAACACUUCUCUUCAGCUGCAGGGUCCCUGCUAUCCUGUUAUAUUUCCUAGUGUCAAUGUUUACUGGACCUGCCAGUUCAUUGCAAGGGCAUCAAAUGUAUCCUUGACUCACUGGGAACAGAUGGGCGGAGUGAAAGUUAUAGAGGAUAUUGCAAUUGAUAAAUCUAUCCAUAAAUCAGUUAAUUCCCGGUCAUCAGUACUAAAGAGAUAUGUAGCUGAUGUCGGAAAAGCUUGGCCCGUACUUCUUGUUUGCGGAGGAUUGUUGCCUUUGUUUCUAUCAAUCAUAUGGCUUUUAAUGAUCCGUCAUUUCGUUGCUGGGAUGCCGUGGGUCACUGUCAUUGUUUUCAAUAUCCUCAUGGUAUCUGUGACAAUGUUUUACUAUUUGAAAGCUGGAUGGAUUGGAAAUGAUGCCAUCUCUCCAAUCAUUGGUGAGCACGACCCAUAUUAUCGCGUGUCAGCAAGGGAGGUGAAUCAUCUCCAUGCAGCUGCUUUUUUCAUGACUGUUUUGAUGAUUGUCGCUUUUCUCUCCUCCAUUGCUAUAGUCCGCCGUAUCCUUAUGGCAACAUCAGUUUUGAAGGUUGCUGCUAAGGUCAUUGGAGAAGUCCAGGCAUUGAUAAUUUUCCCAAUUAUACCGUAUGCCAUGCUAGCUAUUUUCUAUAUGUUCUGGUUGUCAGCCGCCCUUCAUCUUUUUAGUUCCGGAAGUGUACUACAAAAUGAUUGUGGUGCUAACUGUUGUGCUUAUAAUCUCAAAGAAAAGAGGCUUAGCUGUAAUAGUUGCUGUGGCUAUAGCAUUCAUUACACUUCUCAUAUUGCUGCUGCAAUCCUUUUUCACCUAUUUGGUUGCUAUUGGGCCACCCAAUUUUUCAUGGCAUGCUCAUCAACUGUGGUUGCUGGUUCAGUCGCUUCAUAUUAUUGGGCUCGAGGAGCAACUUCGCCUGAGAUCCCGUUCCUUCCUGUUUUUGCUUCAAUGAAGCGGCUUGCACGAUACAGUCUAGGAUCAGUUGCUCUUGGUUCUCUGAUUGUGUCUUCUGUUGAAUCAGUACGUUUUAUACUUGAAGCUCUUCGUCGUAAGCUUAAGCAUGUUAAUUCCAUGCCUGGAAGCUGGAUUGGGAAGGUGAUGUAUCAAACUUCACAAGGCUGCCAGAGGCUUAUUGGAUGCAUCAUCAAAUCCGUGAACCACAAUGCUUACAUUAUGAUUGCUAUAACAGGUAAAGGUUUUGUCAAAUCUUCGGAGAUUGCAACAGAGUUGAUUAUGAGUAACAUUCUUCGGAUUGGGAAAGUGAACGUGAUAGGAGACGUUAUUCUCUUCCUUGGGAAGCUCUGCGUAAGCCUUACCAGUGCACUAUUUGCUUUUCUCAUGCUGGACACACACAAAUACAAAUCUUCACACAACAAGAUCACGUCGCCUCUAUUUCCUGUACUGGUUUGCUGGGGGUUCGGUUACAUAGUGGCUACUCUCUUCUUCGGAGUGGUGGAGAUGUCUAUCGAUACGAUAAUCCUUUCGUUCUGUCAGGACUCGGAUGAACACCAAGGAACUGCUCAAUAUGCUCCUCCCUUGCUUAUUGAAACCCUCAACGACGAAAAUGAGAUGCAGAGACUGAUGCAAUGAGCAAUUUGGAUUAUGUUUCACAUUAGCUAUAAAUUAGACCACACUUGCUUUUCUCAUGCAAUAUUCUGAUUGUGUUUUUGCUAA